AUUUCUUUUCCAAGUAACUCUUCAGAAAAAAACAGCAUUUGUUAAAAUGAUGUGCGCUGGUAAAGUAGGAUGUAAAGUGAUGUUCUUACAGUGAGUUCAUCCCGUCUGCUACCAACAGUCAACGUAGGUCUCUUCCAACCAUGAAGGUGAUCCUCCUCCCUACACUAAUCUGUAUUUUAUCAUGGGCGGGGCUUGGGGCGUGGCUGGUUGUGGUGACUGUUUUGUUUUUUGUUGUGAUCACAAAGUUCCAGAAGUCCUGACACUACCUUUCUUAAUACAGGCUGUGUGCGUUUCUCUGUGGACUGAGCUCUUUGCUACUCUCACAGUAUUAAUCCAGACAUUAGAUCUGCUUUAUAAUCAAAAAAGACAUGGACAUCUACCUUUAUGCAAUAUGGGACCUUUAAUAAGGUGAAUAUGUCUAGGUUGCUUUCUGUAAGCUUAUUUUUGAAUUUUUCUUCCCCCUGGUGGUCAACAGAAUAAAUGCAACUUUAAACAAAUGUUUAAACAAUCACACUCAAAAUCACACCAGCAAAACAAUGGCAACACUUUGAAGCUGAAUCUGUUCACAUCUACAGCAGAUCAGUGAUAUGCAAGCAGACUUAAAUUCAUGCUGUAAAAAUGUCUUUAAGGUUUUAGAAGCAGCCUUCAAAUGCACUAACAUGUCUAAUUCAGUGUUGAUAACGUCCUGUCACACAGAGGAAAGCCUGGCUGUUGUUCUCUCUGGGCCACUUGUGCUCUUAAACAGUUAAUUGUCAGUCGGAGGGUGACGACUUGUUUUGCUGUUGGCUCCCUCUGAAUCCUCCUCACACGUGAGCGCGCGGCGGAAGACGGAGGAGCCUCCCUCUCGGCCUUCAGGAGGGGCUGAAGGUGACUCUCCUCUCGGCUGGGAUGCAGAGGGAGCUGCUGGGGGUCCGUCCGGCCCGCUACACAGUCCUGCUUCGGGGAAUAACCAAACACUCCUGCGGUGGGCAUUAACCCAAACCCCCUCGACCCCGCAAGCGUCUGAGCGGGUCAUUUUCCUCUCCAUAGAGGACACAGCAGCUAUCAGAAAAGAGAGGGUAUCUCUUUCUCUCUCUAUCUCUCUCUGUCUCUUUCUCUCUCUCUCUCUCUCUCUCUCUCUGUCUGUCUGCCUGUCUGCGUCUGGCUGGGCUCCGGUGGAGGGUGUGCAUGAAUGUGUUCUGCACCGUACGGGCGGAAAAAGCGCCCAAGAUCCGCAGGGAGCAUUUUCCCCGUCAGUAGAGGCUCGCAGACGGAGCCGGAGCGCAGGGAGAGCACGGAGGGGGCUGUGGACGCCAGCAGGAUGACUGUCCAGGAAUUCAACACCCUGGUAGCGCUGUACCGGGAGCAAGUCAUAUCCAUCGGAGAGAUCUCAGCCGACUGUCCGUCUCUGCGGGCUCAGAUGCACCACACGCGGUCCAAAGGAUGCUCCAUGGCCCGGGCAGCGCACGACGACCUCGCCGUCAUCUCUGUUUCAGGUCCGGAGGACGGAGAGAUCCACCCUGAGAUCUGUCGGCUCUUCAUCCAGCUGCAGUGCUGUCUGGAGAUGUUCAUAACAGAGAUGCUCAAAUCCAUGUGCCUGCUGGGGGUGCUGCAGCUACACAGAAAAAGAACAGACUCAGAGCCGAGGGUAGACUUCAGGAUGGAUGAAAGCUCUGAUGUUCCCAUCCUGGAAGACCGAUCCUCCUCUCCCAUAGACUUCCCUCAGGAGCAGUGGUUGGUCGGAACCGAUAUCGAAAACAUAGAGAGCCAGUUGGUCCUGCUGCUGCAGCUCCUCAGCUGCAUAUCAGCUGGUCUGGCCUGUAUCUGUGAACGAUACUCCUGGGGUUCCUGGUCCGCCUGCUCCAGGACCUGUAACUAUGGUACACAGCAGAGAGAGAGGAAUUUUCAAAUGGAUGACUAUUACUGGAAGAGCAGCUGCCAGCAGCUGUGCAAAAAAUACGACAUUAGAUCCUGUAAUGAGCAGUCCUGUCCAAUCAACUGCUUGCUGACGGAGUUCGGGCCGUGGUCUGACUGCUCAGCCUGUGCCAGGAAACAGUAUCGAACCCGGUCCAUCCAGAGGCCGUCCCAGUUCGGUGGGUCGGCCUGCAGUUCGGAACUGACAGAAGAGAGGGACUGUUUCCCCUCAAAAGAGUGCCACUUACCACCCAUUGACUGCGAAGACAACUUCAAGUGUGAUACUGGACGCUGCAUCAGCCGAACACUAACAUGCAACAGACAGAAUGACUGUGGAGAUAACUCUGAUGAGAGGGACUGCGUCAAUCCCUCGAUUGUAUGUCCAACCCCGAGGAGAGUUGCUCCUGGGGCAGACCUGGUGGGCAAUGGGUUCGAUGCUCUAGCAGAGGAGCCAAGGGGAGCGGUGCUGGACAACAUGUUUAUGGGAGGAAGCUGCAUUAUCAAGAGACCUCCAACCACAAAUCUAUACCAUCGAGUCCCUUACAACUUUGAGAGCUUUGAAAUUAAGGUCGGAGUGGUAGAGGACUUCAGUACCGAGCCCCAGCGACUACACACAGACGCCAUCAUUAUGAGGGCACCUCCAACUCCAGACACAAAAGCUGCAAAAGACAUCCUUGGCCUUAUAGCACUCCUUCAUGGCCAGCGUUACAACAAGCCUUUUGAAUCUUCAAAGGCAACGGACUCAACGUUUUUUCGGGUGCACCAGGUUCUGCCUGUGUCCACAUUCAAGGUGAAGGAACCAGGGGAUGUCGUCCUGUCGCUGCCUUUCCUAGAGUUCCUUCAUGCUCUUCCUCUUGACUACAACUACGCUCUCUACAGGGAAAUCUUCCAGCGCUUUGGGACACACUACUAUAGCUCAGGGAAGCUGGGAGGCCACUAUGACCUGCUGUACCAGUACAACCGACAGGUGCUCACCACUUCAGGUGAAACACUAGAGCACACCUCAGGAUGCCUGAAAACAGAAAGCACCUGGACCAUCAUCGUCUACACCGAACAAAAGGAUGUAACCCGAUGCACUAACACCAAGAUCACUGAGAAAUAUCAAGGCUCAUACAUUCAGGCAUCAGAAAAGUCUUUCUCUUUGGUGAAAGGAGGCAGAGCCAGAGAGGCAGCAGCUCUGGCCUGGGAGAAGCAGGGCUCUCCUCCGGACAAAACUUCCUUCAAGAACUGGGCCAAGUCUGUUCUUGACAACCCGGCUGUGGUUGAAUACAAGCUGCUGCCUAUCAUAGAUCUGGUUCGGGGUAUCCCCUGUGCUGUAACAAAGAGGAGACACCUGAAGAAGGCCCUCUGGCAAUACCUGGAAGAAUUUGAUACUUGCAAGUGUGCGCCGUGUCCCAACAACGCCAGGCCCGUUCUCUCUGGCACAGAGUGUAAGUGUAUUUGCCAGACUGGCACCUUCGGCACCAACUGUGAGAAACGGGCUCCUGACUACACUUCAGAGGAGGUGGAUGGUUACUGGAGCUGCUGGGGGCCGUGGAGUAGCUGUCGUGCCUCCAUGAGGAGAGUUCGGACGAGGCUGUGUAAUAACCCUGCCCCGCUCAAAGGUGGCCGACCCUGCAAUGGUCCUGACACAGUUUGGGAUCAGUGUCACAUCUCCAUCUUUGCGAGACAGGAGACCUGUGAGAACGAUAACGAUUUCACUGUGGGCACGAGGGAAAAGCUGCCUCCUGGUGUGCAGGGCUGUCUGAGGCCACAGGCGCCUGCCAACAGCUUCCUCAGGAAAGCAAAGGAGUAUUAUAACUUUGGUGAGGAUGAGGAGUUCCAGUGCGUCACCGGAUUUGAGCUGGAGGGUUUUCAGUACAUCAACUGUCUUCCUGAUGGAACCUGGCCUCAGCCAAAUGGAAAAUGCAUCAGAAAGGUCUGUCUGCCUCCUGAGAUCCCUGCUGGGAUGUCGCUAUCCCCUAACAAAGACGAGUACAGAGUGGAGGAGUCAGUGGGUUUGAACUGUAACCAGAGAGGCCUUCUGCCUGUGCCACUAAACCUCUUCAAAUGCAGCAACAGUCUCACCUGGGAGCCUCCAUUACCUGCUGACCUACGCUGCACUGAUGAGCAAUCGUUUAUUCCAGAGGGUCAGUGUAGACCAGGAGAGAAUCUACAGGGUUCUCAAUGUGUCUGUAUCCCACGAGAGAGCUGUCUUUCACAACCAGCAAAUCUCUGUGCCCUGAACGUAAACAUCAGCACCGUGGUGUCGAUGUCCUUCUGCUCCUUCCUCUCCGGUCGUUGCCACGGUGAUCCGCUAUUUUUCAUCAGCAAGGGCACGUGCGACAAGGUCGAUCUGGGGCAACUGGAGUGGGCCAAGUUCAGAGCCGAAAUGUCCUCUAAGAGCACUGUUCAGGUGCCCUGUGAUCUUGACACCUGCUAUGAAUGGGAGACUUGCUCUGCAUCUAAGAAGUGUGUCUGCAGAUCUAUCCGGGAGUGCCCCACAGAUCAACAGCACGCCUUCUGUGUGAAGCUGAAAGGGAUCCAGACGACUCGCAGUCUGGAACUUUGUCCUAUGGCCUCUCUCAAAUGUGCCAGCCGUGAGUUUGAGAUUGUCAAUGAAGGCGCGUGUGUGUCCAGUUGAUCUGUGCCAUAACACUCAACACUCAAAUAAUGUUCCACCACUGCUGGAAAAACUGAAAAUAACUACACAGUUUAAAAUACAUAUGAUUUCACUAAAGGCAGCUGCACUGCACUGUGUACUGGAAACACAGAUUUAGACACUAUAGACAUAUAGUACAGCAUGUUACUCUUUUAGAAAAUACAUUAUUUUUAUAAAGGCAAACUGUACUGGAAAGCAGGUAUACCAAAAUCCAAGCACCUGACACAUCUCAGAGCCAAAAGCACACUUAAUGAUGGGUGAUGGAAAGCCAAGUCACAUAACUGGGCCUUAAACAGAUUGUUUAACAUGUGGUACACAAAUUCAUGAAAGCACAACCAUCUUUAAACUUGAAGAUAUUGUGGAAGCAAAACACUGUGACAGUGCUUUAAAAGGUCACUAGUUGAUUUGCCAAGAAAGAGAAAAAAACAUGAAUUUAGUGAUUCAGUAAAUCUCCUAACUCUGUUGACCUGAUCUGAGCCACUUUAGUCUGUCGAGUCUAAUUAUAGGAAUAGAGUUGAAUAUUUACUUGGCUCAAUGUUCUUCACGUGUAAUAAAAAUAUUUCAAAACAA